ACGAUCAUCCAGACAGAGCGCCAGUCUUGUGAUAGCUUUCAAACUGUUUGUGUCGCACCCGUCGGUGGUGACAUCCGAAUUCGUUCGUUAAUUCUGUACAUCCGGUCAAUCAAGUGACAAAUAAAUCAUGAUGGAACCUUUGGACGCGAUCAUCACCGUGGUGAUGAUCUGCCUGGCGGUGUACCUGUAUUUGCAAAAGAAGCAUUCAUACUGGGCUAAUCGGGGCGUUCCGUUUGUCAAGCCGGAGUUCUUCUAUGGCAACGUCAAGACCAUGUCCCGGACGGAGCAGAUUGGGAAGGUUUUCCAGCGGGGCUACAACGAGCUGAAGGGACAAAAUCCACUCGGUGGGAUGUACAUGUUCACAACGCCAAUUGCCGUUGUGACGGACAUGGAGUUGCUGAAGUGUAUCUUCGUAAAGGAUUUCCAGUACUUCCACGAUCGAGGGACUUUCUUCAAUGAGAAAAGUGAUCCACUUUCGGCACACUUGUUCAAUCUGGAGGGGAACAAGUGGAAGGUGCUGAGGAAUAAGCUAUCGCCAACGUUUACCUCCGGGAAGAUGAAGAUGAUGUUUCCGACGAUCGUGGCAGCUGGGAAGCAGUUUCACGAUUUUAUGGCCGAGAGGGUCCUACAGGAGAGUGAGUUUGAGCUGAAGGAUCUGCUGGCACGGUACACGACGGAUGUGAUUGGCAUGUGUGCCUUCGGGAUCGAGUGCAAUUCGAUGAAGGACCCUGAUGCACAGUUCCGCGUGAUGGGUAGGAGGAUCUUCAAAAACCCCAGAGGCAAAGUGCGGUCGUUCCUGAUGACUUCGAUGCCAUCGGUUGCAAAGAAGUUGGGAUUGAAGAUUUUGCCAGAAGAGGUAUCGGAUUUCUUUUUUGGAGUUGUGAGAGAAACGAUCGAUUACCGGUUGAAGAACGGUGUGCGUAGGAAUGACUUUAUGGAUUUGCUGAUUCAGAUGAGGAACCCGGACGAGAGUAAGAGCAGUGAGGGAUUGUUGUCGUUCAAUGAGAUUGCUGCGCAAGCUUUCAUUUUCUUUUUGGCUGGGUUUGAGACCAGUUCGACGUUGCUAACGUGGACGCUCUACGAGCUGGCUGUGAAUCAGGAUAUUCAGGAAAAGGGGCGGCAGCACGUGAAGGACAUUUUGGCAAAGCACAACGGUCAGAUGACGUAUGAAUCCGUUAGCGAUAUGAAUUACCUGGAUCAGAUUCUGAAUGAGGCCCUCCGUAAGUACCCACCAGUUCCGGUGCACUUCCGUAUAACAGCGAAGGAUUAUACUGUACCCAACACCAAUACAGUCGUCGAAGCUGGUACUCGCCUGUUUGUGCCAGUUUAUGCUAUUCAUCAUGAUCCACAAUUGUUCCCCGAACCGGAACGCUUCGAUCCGGAGCGGUUCAGCCCAGAGGAAGAGGCCAAGAGGCAUCCGUACGCGUGGACUCCGUUUGGAGAAGGGCCCAGAAUUUGCAUUGGGCUACGAUUCGGAAUGAUGCAGGCCCGAAUUGGGUUGGCCUAUUUGUUGAACAGUUUUCGAUUUUCGAUCGGUGAGAAAUGUCAAGUACCGUUGGAGUUAGAUGUGAAGAGUUUUAUUCUAGCGCCGAAAGGUGGACUGUGGUUGAAGGUGGAUAAAUUAUAAACUUAGGUAUUUGUAGAAUGUUA